AUGCCGUCAUCCGCAGGAACCAAGGUCUCCACGGACCCGAAAUCCCACGCCCCUAAUUCCGAACCCACCGGCGAAGUGCUCUCCGACUCCCUCGCAUCCGAGUCCCUCCAGUCCGGCGGCGGCUUCGCGGCCGGCCAAUCGGCAUCCGCGAUGAAACAGUCCGCACACGGCACCACUAGCAACGUCACGGAUACGCACUCCGCGAUGAAGUUGAACGCGGCGCCGGACUCUCAAGCGCGGAGAGGACAGGAGAGUCGGACUGGCUGGGGGUUUCUGAAUGAGGGCGAUGGCGAGGGGAAGAGAUAG